AUGAGUCGACUUUGCCAGCUAGUCCUGGUCGUGUUGGUGGUGGGGUUAAUAAGCCGUGUAGAGGGCUUGACGAACUCUAAAGCCAUUGCAGACUUCAUUGAUCCACAGAAUGAGGCAAGAAAAGCCGUCGAAGUUCCACCGCUUAAAUGGAACGAUACAGUUGCGGCUUUUGCUCGUAAUUAUGCAAGACAGAGAAGAAAUGACUGCCUUCUUCAGCAUUCAGAAGGAUCGCCCUACGGUGAAAACAUAUUCUGGGGCGAAGGCCCAAACUGGACACGUCGUCAGGCAAUGAAUGCUUGGAUUGAUGAAAGGAAGUGGUAUGUUCAUGCCAAUAACACUUGCAUAGGCCCAGAUUGCACACACUAUACUCAGAUUGUGUGGGCCACAACCACAAGUGUUGGGUGUUCUAUUAUAAAAUGUAAGAGCAAUGAUACAUGGGUUAUAUGCAGCUAUGAUCCCCCGGGCAACUAUAUUGGCGCUAGACCUUAUUGA